GUUAUUUACCUUCUUCACCCGCAGCGGAGGUCAGACGAGCGGUCGCGCUUAAUAAUGGCCCAGCGGUGGCUACUGAGUUUAAUCGGGGCUUUGGUUACUUGAUGUUUAUAUAUACAGGGUUAGUGUGCCGCUGUCUGCCCUCACAAAGUGUAUUGUCCUGCCUCUUGCCGCUCAGGGAGUCCGUCUCUAGUACGCAAACAAACAUGAGCGCUACCGUUUCCAGGCAGAGACACGCCGCAGACUCCUCUGGCUCUUCUUUUUCCCUUACUGCAAGCCUCCUGCGACUCUCGAAACACAUCAGAUAUGAAAAUCUCGCUGCUGGACUUAGUGGGGGAGUUAUUUCCACAAUGGUGUUGCACCCCCUGGAUCUGAUCAAAAUCAGGUUCGCAGUAAGUGAUGGUCUGAAAAUGCGACCCCAGUACGAUAGCAUGGUGCACUGCAUGAAGACCAUCUGGAAGCUGGAAGGGAUUAGAGGUCUCUAUCAAGGUGUGACCCCCAACAUCUGGGGGGCCGGGGCAUCGUGGGGCCUGUACUUCCUCUUUUAUAAUGCUAUUAAAGCGUACACGCAGGAGGGACGGCAAACAGAGCUGAGUGCUGGCGAACACCUGGUGUCUGCAGCGGAGGCAGGCAUGCUGACGCUUUGCCUCACCAACCCGGUCUGGGUGACAAAGACCCGGCUGGUGCUGCAGUACAAUGCAGACCCUUCACGGAAGCAGUACAAGGGAAUGAUGGACGCCCUCGUGAAAAUAUACCGUCACGAGGGUAUCCCGGGACUCUACAGGGGUUUCGUGCCUGGACUGGUGGGGACUUCCCAUGCUGCACUGCAGUUCAUGACCUAUGAGGGGCUAAAAAGAGAGCAGAACAAAUACAAGAAGAUGCCAUCUGAAUCGCUGCUGUCUCCAUUGGAAUACAUCACCAUGGCAGCCAUUUCCAAAAUAUUUGCUGUAGCAGUGACCUACCCGUACCAGGUGGUGCGCGCUCGCCUGCAGGACCAGCACAACAACUACAACGGCAUCGUGGACGUCAUCCAGAGGACGUGGAGCAACGAGGGGAUCGAGGGCUUUUACAAAGGCAUGGUCCCAAACCUGGUGCGAGUCAUUCCAGCGUGCUGCAUCACAUUUUUGGUGUUCGAAAAUGUGUCGCGCUUACUUUUGGGCGAGUAUCACUAAAGCUUCAGGUGCACUCGCACCAAACGCAACCACGGACCAACUCAACGCAAUAUACCAGGACUGUGUGUGUGUGUGUGCGUGCGUGCGUGCGUGCGUGCGUGCGUGCGUGCGUGCGUGCGUGCGUUGUGUUAGAGACGAGCAGGAAUACCAAACAUUUCCUUUUUAACUCUGAACUCGACAUGAAUACAGACAAAACUAGCAUUUAGUGUGUGCACUGAAUGAACAAAAGAAACUACACGUUCAUAUAUAUAUAUAUAUAUGUUUAUUGAGAGAAUAUCCAUACUGUCUUGAAUAUUCAACUACGAAAAGGUGUCAUUUCAAGUUGUCAAUGACAAGAAACGGCUCGUGGAAAAGUGGAUUCAAGCCAUCCUGUGACAAUGCAACCGAACACAGUAUUCACCAAACACAGUGCAUAAGAAGAUGUUUGUCUUUUUUUACGAUAUUUUCACCAAACAGCUGCUAUAUUUGCUGAGCUAGGCGAGAGAAAGCCACUCAGCAGAUCUCUUCAGCAUGCUCAGGAAAUGAUGUCACGCUGCAGGAUAAUAGCACACAGGCCUGGAGAAACCGAUACUUUACUGGAGGACAGGAGCAGAUUUUAAGCAGAUGUGUGUGGAUGACAUCUACUGGAAGAGAGGAAAGAUGGAAAGCUUUAACUGAGUAACUGAGAGGCUGUUAUGUUUGUAUAUAUGAAUGUGCUAUUGUCAGUGACGCACAAAGAAGAGCUGAUGUACGUAUAAGCCAUUUUUACACAUACAAUAAAGGAAUAUAUGUAACAGACACAGACUAUGUUUUUAAUAAUGACUGACAGAAGCCCGAUAAACCAUUUCACUUCUGAACGGUUCGGACUUUUCACUGCAUCAGAUACAGUUAAUCACAUCACUGGCAGUUUACACUCCCAUGCUGAGAUUUUGUGCACUUAAUUGUAUUGAAUGUGCUUUGUAGUGUACUAUCUGCACUUGAAGAUAAUAUAAUAUAAAAUAAAAUAA